AUGGGUUCUGGUUUUUGGUUUAAAGCAAUAAUUAGCUUAAGGAAUAGGAAGUCAAAAGAUAGAAGAUCAAAGAAACCAAAGGGUACGUUAGCUCCGGAGAAGCCAAGUACAUUGAAGUCGAACAAGUCUCCCAGAAACGAGUCUACUGAUUUAGCAAAUGGCAAUCAAAAUGAAAAUCUCGCGUCCGUUGAAACUGUUGCUGCAACAAGGAUCCAGACUGCAUUCCGGGCUUAUAAGGCUAGGAAAGCUCUACGACGAAUGAAAGGUUUCACAAAACUGAAGAAUUUAACACAAGGCUACUCUAUUCAAAAGCAAGCCAGUACAACUAUGACAUACCUUCAUUCAUGGAGCAAAAUUCAGGGUGAGAUUAGAGCUCGUCGAAUCUGUAUGGUGACAGAAGACAAGAUCAGGAGGAAGAAACAAGAGUCUCAACUAAAACUCGAAGAAAAGCUCCAUGAUUUCGAGGUUGAAUGGUCCGGGGGCCCUGAAACUGCAGAGGAAACCCUUGGUAGGAUUCAUCAGAGAGGAGAAGCAGCUGUAAAGCGCGAAAGAGCCAUGGCUUAUGCCUUUUCUCAUCAGUGGAGAGCAAACUCUAGUCAAAGCCAAGUGCUAGGCAGUUACGAGCUCGGCAGAGCUAACUGGGGUUGGAGCUGGAAAGAACGCUGGAUCGCCGUGCGUCCAUGGGAAAGCCGUGUAGUUAGCAUUAGCCCGAAGAAAACUCAAAAUAAACCGUCGUUCAAAGUUCAAAAGGAUAAAAAGACAUCAACAUCUAAAACUCCGGUAUCGGUAGCAUCUCCUUCCUCCAAUGCAAAAGGGACUCCUCCUCCUAAAGGGAGUACCAAAGCUAGAAGAUUGUCUUUUCCAACCACAGAGAAAGAGAAAAGUGUGGUUGAAGGAGGAGUAAAGUGA